GUGAUCACACACGACGAGACGCGGCACGGGUUCGAGUCGGGCGACAAAGUGACGUUCCAAGAGGUGGAGGGUAUGGCCGAACUGAACGGGUGUGAGCCGCGCACUAUCAACGUGUUGGGCCCCUUCUCGUUCGCCAUCGGCGACACUUCCGCUUUUGGCCAAUACAAGAGAGGCGGUUACGCCACUCAAGUGAAAGUACCCAAAAGUGUGAACUUUAAAUCGCUGCGCGAGUCGUUGGCCGCACCGGAGUUCGUGCUGUCGGACUUCGCCAAAAUGGAAAGGCCGGCGCAACUGCACGUCGCCUUCCAGGCCCUCCACGCGUUCGUUGAGCGCAAUCAUCGGCACCCGAACUCGUGGUCCGGAGCGGACGCCACCGAAUUUCUCAAGAUUGUGGCCGAUUUGGCCGCCGAACAGAAGCUGGAGAUCCAGAUGGACGAGAACCUGAUGCGACUCUUCUCGUACCUGAGCCGCGGCAACGUUUCGCCCAUGAAUGCCGUGAUUGGCGGCACCGCUGCCCAGGAGCUAAUGAAAGCGUGUUCCGGCAAAUUCAGUCCCCUCUACCAGUGGUUCUACUUCGACGCCUUGGAGUGUCUGCCCCUCGACCCGAAGGACUACCCGAAAGAGGCCGACUGUCAACCGACGGGCAGCCGAUACGACGCCCAAAUCGCCGUUUUCGGGCCCGGCUUUCAGCAACGGCUGGCCAAUCAAAAGUAUUUUCUGGUGGGCGCCGGAGCCAUAGGUUGUGAAUUACUGAAGAACUUUGCGAUGAUAGGGUUGGCCACCGGCCAGAACGGCGCCAUCUGGAUCACCGACAUGGAUAUCAUCGAACGCUCAAACCUGAACCGUCAGUUCCUGUUCCGUCCGACAGACGUCGGGAAGUAUAAGUCGGUGACGGCCGCGGCGGCCGUCAAACGCAUGAACCCGAGUGUCAAUAUCGUUGACCACCAGAAUCGUGUCGGAGCCGAAACGGAACAGACCUACGACGACAAGUUCUUCGAGCGCUUGGACGGCGUGGCCAACGCUCUCGACAAUGUGGACGCCCGGGUCUAUAUGGACAGGCGCUGUGUCUUCUAUAGGAAACCGUUGUUAGAAUCGGGAACUUUAGGCACUAAAGGCAACGUACAGGUAGUGCUGCCAUUCCUAACGGAGUCGUACUCCUCAUCGCACGACCCGCCAGAGAAGUCCAUUCCCAUCUGUACGCUGAAGAACUUUCCCAACGCCAUAGAGCAC